AUGGAGCAGCAAAGUGCAUCGUCCUCUGAAAUUCAACCUCAAACAUCUGGAAAUCUCAUUACAGUUCUUAGCAUUGAUGGAGGAGGUGUUAGAGGAAUCCUUCCAGGAGUCAUUCUUGCUUACCUCGAGUCUCAAAUUCAGAAGCUGGAUGGCGAGGAUGCAAGGCUUGCUGAUUACUUUGAUGUGAUUUCUGGGACAAGUACAGGUGGCCUCAUUGCAGCCAUGUUGGCAGCACCAAAUGAAAAGAAUCGCCCUUUAUAUGCUGCCAAAGAUAUAGUGCCAUUUUACCUUGAAAACUGUCCCAAAAUCUUCCCGCAGACAAGUGGAAUAUUUGCAUCAGCAGUAAAUCUAGUGAAAGUUUUAACAGGACCCAAGUAUGAUGGAAAGUAUCUUCACAAGCUCAUAAGAGAUAAAUUAGGGGACACAAGGUUGCACCAAACCUUGACAAAUGUUGUUAUUCCGGCGUUUGACAUCAAGAAACUUCAGCCUACUAUCUUUUCCUCGUAUAAGGUGAGGAACAAUCCACUCCUAGAUGCUGCACUAGCAGACAUAUGUAUGGGCACCUCCGCGGCCCCGACUUAUUUUCCUGCCCACUAUUUUAGAAACCAAGAUACGCAUGGGAACAUGCAAGAUUUUAACCUAAUCGAUGGUGGCGUUGCUGCUAAUAAUCCGGCACUGGUCGCCAUUAGUGAAGUGAUGAAAGAGAAUAUUAAGAAGGAUGGGGAUUUCCUCCCAAUAUAUGACCGUUUGCUGGUGGUCUCCGUGGGAACGGGUUCAAACAAGAGAGAAGAAAAGUACAACGCUAAAAUGGCUUCAAAGUGGGGGGCAAUAUGUUGGUUAUAUAACGAUAGUCAUACUCCAUUGAUAGAUUGCUACAAUGAAGCCAGCAAGGAUCUGGUUGAUUUCUACAAUUGUGUCGUUUUUCAAGCUCUUCGUUCCGAAAAUAACUACCUGCGGGUACAUGACGAUAAUCUACGCGGUAAUUUGUCUUCUGCUGAUGUUUCUACGACGAAGAACUUGGAAGAUCUAGUCAAAGUGGGUGAGGACUUGCUAAGGAAACCAGUAGCGCGCAUAAACUUGGAUACUGGUAUCUAUGAACCAAUUCCAAAUGGUGGAACCAAUGAGGAAGCACUAGAAAGGUUUGCAAAAUUACUUUCAGAGGAAAGAAAACUGCGAAGGUCGAGAUCACCAGACACCAAAGGCACAAAGUAG